AUGAAAUUCCUUUCCCUCGUCUCCCUACUUCCCUUACUCGCCACGGCCAACGCCAAUGCCAAUCCUUCACCGGACCCAUCCUUAGCUAUUAGCUAUGCGACACAAGUAGCGGCAAGAGCAGCAGAUAAUGGAAAUGCAGAAGCGAGACAUCAUUCCAAUUGGUUCAUGAAUAGGUUGAAGAGGUCAAAGAGUUUGGAGAUGGGAAGGCAGGAAGUAGAAGUGACCGUGAAGUCAGAGAAGGUUAAAGAUAGAGAGAAAAGAAAUGUUAUCAAGAAAGUGGUCAAGAGGAGGAAAAGAGCAACUACCUCCAAUGGUACUUGCUCAGCUAAAACUGUCACUGUCACCGUCACAACCAGUGUGAUAUCCUCUACCUCGCCAUCAUCGACUUACCUCUCAUCUAUGUCUUCUUCAGUCAACAGAUCAUCCUCGUCAUCUGCUCCCAUCUCUUCGUCAACAUCGAAGAGCAGUUCAGCGUCAGCUUCGAUCACUUCCUCGGCGGUGUCGAAAACUGGUUCAGCUUCAGCAUCUGCGUCAAAGGUAUCUUCUUCUGCUUCUGCCUCGAAGGCAUCUUCCUCGAUCUCAGCUUCAGCUUCCAAAGCGUCGGCCUCAAUUUCAGCCUCGGCUUCAAAAACUUCCUCCUUAGUUUCAGGCUCAGCCUCCAAAGCUUCUUCUUCUACCUCCGCUUCAGCUUCCAAAUCCUUUUCCUCCUCGACCGCCAAGUCAAGUGCCGCUUCCUCCUCCUCCUCAAGCACUGCCAAAUCAUCUUCAGCUUCCGCUUCAGCCUCGAAAUCCUCUUCUGCUCCUGCAAGUUCCGCUAAAGCCACUCUGAACUUAGGUGGAUCACAAACAUCAUCAAGUAGCAAGUCGGUGUCAGCUUCGGCUUCCACUACCGCUAAAUCCAGUUCUUCCUCGGUCAAACCUUCGACUUCCACUUCUGUGUCCAAAGUAUCUUCCUCCUCCGCUUCAGCUUCUAAAGCCUCUUCAGUCUCGAAGGCUGCGUCUUCCACUUCGACAUCUAAGGCUGCUUCAUCCACUUCGACCUCCAAAGCAGCGACUACUAGUACAACAUCCCGAUUGACCACUUCGACAACUUCCAAACCGUCAACUUCCACUACCACUUCUUCGGCUUCCAAGGCAGCAAGUAGUGAUAAUGCAAGUUCGAUCAAGACGAGUUCGGCAGUUGUCACUUCGAGUCGAACGGGAUCGAGUGCUAGUAGUACCACUUCAAAGGUUACUUCGAGUAGCAGUACUAGUAAAGCAGCAAGCUCAACCAGUAAGGCUGCUAGUUCGACUAGUAAAGCGGCUUCCACGACGAGUAAAGCAGCUAGCUCGACUAGCAAAGCAGCUUCUUCCACCAGCAAAGCGGCUUCCUCGACUAGUAAGGCUGCCUCAUCGACGAGUAAAGCACCUUCUUCCACCAGCAAAACUGCCUCUUCUACCAGUAAAGCUGUUUCAUCGAGUACCAGUAAAGCUGCUCCAUCUACUAGUAAAGCGGCGUCAUCAACAAGUAAGGCAGCGUCAUCAACACUUAAAGCAGCGUCAUCUACCAGUAAAGCAGCUUCGUCUACCAGUAAAGCGGCGUCAUCAACCAGUAAAGCAGCUUCAUCAACUAUUAGCAAAGCCAGUUCUACUACCACCAGUAAAGCCACUUCCACUUCUACUUCCAAAGCAGCAUCUUCUACUACAUCUAUCAAACCAUCUACCACUUCGACUUCUACCGCCGCCACUGCCACUGCAGUUUCUGCAGAUUUAGAUGGGGACGGACCAUUCUACGGCUGGGGAACAUAUUUCGAUACGGGUCUAGGAGCCUGUGGCUGGACAAACGUACCCUCAGAUUACAUCGUAGCUGUCUCAGCGGAGUUGUUCGAUAAUUGGCCGGGAUAUAAUGGGUUGAACCCUAAUAAUAAUCCUAUCUGCGGACAUCAUAUGAAAUUGUCUUGGGGAGGUAAAUCGAUUGUCGCUCAAGUUGCAGAUCGAUGUCCAGGUUGUUCGAAGAGAUCCCUAGAUCUUACUACUGGUGCAUAUGGUGCUUUGACGGAUGAUAAUUGGGAUAUGGGAGUGAUGGUUAGUUAUAUCAACGGGGCAGCUUAUAAUUCCGAUUUGGAAUGGGAAUGGUUGGAUUAA